AUCCCGGGAACGCCGAGCUCCGCUUGCGCAUCCCGGGAGAUCCAUCGCUCCCCCCCGCCGCCCCGGGGUGGGCCGAGCCCCCCGCCCCCGCCGAGCCCCCCCGGUUCUCCGCGUGCCGCGGUUGAUCCCUCCCUUCCCGGGGCUGCGCCGAUGGACUCUCCCAGCGCUCCGUGUGUGCGGCGGAGGCUGCGGCGGUAGCGCCGGUACCCGGGAGCUCCCGUCGCUCCGUUUCGCUGCCGGAGCAUCCUCUUUUUCCUCUCCGUAUCCCUUCCCCGAGCAUCCUUCCUCGCCGGAGCAUCCCCCUCGCCGGCACCGGGAAGGAGCUGGAGAGGGCUGAGCCAGGUCCAGGCUGGCAUCCAGGGUCCUCCCACACCCCAUUCCACGGAUGGGUAGCUCCACCACCCCUCUCCCCUCACCCCGGGCUUGAGGGCGCAGCCCCCCCAAGGCAGAGACACCCCCUGCACCGCCAGCGCCCCGUCCCAGCCCCAAGGACGCCAUGGACGAGUCGUUCCGGGACCGGACCGCGUUCAUCCGCGGCGCCAAGGACAUCGCCAAGGAGGUGAAGAAGCACGCGGCCAAGAAGGUGAGCCGGGGCAUGGACCGAGUGCAGGACGAGUACACCCGGCGCUCCUACUCCCGCUUCGAGGAGGAGGAGGACGAUGAAGACUACGCGCCCCAGGACGGCUACUACCGGGGGGGCGAGGGGGCCAACGAGGAGGAGGGGGUGUCCAGCGACGCCACUGAAGGCCACGAUGAGGAGGAUGAGAUCUACGAGGGCGAGUACCAAGGGAUCCCCCGGCAGGAGUCGCUGAAGGGGGGGGAGCGCCUGGGGGCCGCGGCGGCCGCCGGCGCUUUCGACGACAGCGAGGGGCAGCGGAGGAAGGACAGGGAGGAGCUGGCGCAGCAGUACGAGCUCAUCCUGCAGGAAUGCGGCCACGGCCGAUUCCAGUGGACCCUCUACUUUGUCCUGGGCCUGGCCCUCAUGGCUGACGGCGUGGAGAUCUUUGUGGUGGGCUUCGUCCUGCCCAGCGCCGAGAAGGACAUGUGCCUCUCCGACUCCAACAAGGGCAUGCUGGGACUCAUCGUGUACCUGGGCAUGAUGGUGGGCGCGUUCGUGUGGGGCGGGCUGGCCGACCGGCUGGGCCGAAGGCAGUGCCUCCUCAUCUCCCUCUCCGUCAACAGCGUCUUCGCCUUCUUCUCCUCCUUCGUCCAGGGCUACGGCACCUUCCUCUUCUGCCGCCUGCUCUCGGGCGUGGGCAUCGGCGGCUCCAUCCCCAUCGUCUUCUCCUACUUCUCGGAGUUCCUGGCGCAGGAGAAGCGCGGGGAGCACCUGAGCUGGCUCUGCAUGUUCUGGAUGAUCGGGGGCAUCUACGCUUCCGCCAUGGCCUGGGCCAUCAUCCCCCACUACGGCUGGAGCUUCCAGAUGGGCUCUGCGUACCAAUUCCACAGCUGGAGGGUUUUUGUCCUCGUCUGCGCCUUCCCCUCGGUCUUCGCCAUCGGGGCGCUCACCACCAUGCCGGAGAGCCCGCGCUUCUACCUGGAGAACGGGAAGCACGACGAGGCCUGGAUGGUGCUGAAGCAGGUCCAUGACACCAACAUGAGGGCCAAGGGCCACCCAGAGAGGGUCUUCUCGGUCACCCACAUCAAGACCAUCAAGCGGGAGGACGAGCUCAUCGAGAUCCAGUCGGACACGGGGACGUGGUACCGGCGCUGGCUGGUCCGAUGCCUCAACCUGUCCCAGCAGGUCUGGAGCAACUUCCAGCAGUGCUUCGUGCCCGAGUACCGGCGGGUGACGCUGAUGAUGAUGGCGGUGUGGUUCACCAUGUCCUUCAGCUACUACGGGCUCACCGUGUGGUUCCCGGACAUGAUCAAGCACCUGCAGAGCAUCGAGUACGCGUCGCGCACGAAGCUCUUCACGCGCGAGAAGGUUCGGCACUUCACCUUCAACUUCACCCUGGAGAACCAGGUGCACCGUGGCGGGGAGUAUUUCAACGACAAGUUCAUCGGGCUGAAGAUGAAGUCGGUGACGUUCGAGGACUCGCUCUUUGAGGAGUGUUACUUCGAGGACAUCACUUCCAGCAACACCUUCUUCAAGAACUGCACCUUCAUCUCCACCGUCUUCUACAACACAGAUCUGUUCGAGUACAAGUUCAUCAACAGCCGGGUGGUGAACAGCACGUUCCUGCACAACAAGGAGGGCUGCCAGCUGGACUUCAGCGACGACAACAACGCCUACAUGAUCUACUUUGUCAGCUUCCUGGGCACCCUGGCUGUGCUCCCUGGAAACAUCGUCUCGGCCCUGCUCAUGGACAAGAUCGGCCGCCUGCGCAUGCUGGCCGGCUCCAGCGUCAUGUCCUGCAUCAGCUGCUUCUUCCUGUCCUUUGGGAACAGCGAGUCUGCCAUGAUCGCCCUGCUCUGCCUCUUUGGGGGGGUCAGCAUCGCCUCCUGGAACGCGCUCGACGUGCUCACCGUGGAGCUGUACCCCUCUGACAAGAGGACGACGGCGUUUGGCUUCCUGAACGCUCUGUGCAAGCUGGCAGCCGUGCUGGGCAUCAGCAUCUUCACCUCCUUCGUGGGCAUCACCAAGGCCGUGCCCAUCCUGUUCGCCUCAGCGGCGCUGGCCCUCGGCAGCUCCCUGGCCCUCAAACUGCCCGAGACAAGGGGGCAGGUCCUGCAGUGAUGGGGGGCUGGGGGAGAGGG